AUGAAUCUCAAGAUACUUGCCUCCUGCCUCCUAGGCUCGACCGCCUUGGCCGCGGCCUCAACUUCAGAGCUCCAAGUAGAAACAACCAGCGGCAUCGUCCACGGCUUCUACAACAACUCGGCCGAGACAGUCCGAGCAUUCUUGGGUAUCCCCUAUGCCGAACCACCAGUUGGCGAGCGCCGAUUUGCACCCGCUGUGCGCAAGACCAGGUUGCAAGGCGUGUUCGACGCCUCGUCAUUCGGCCCUCCGUGUCCCGGGCAGUUCUCAUUCUCGAAUGAGUCGAUCUGGACCGUGCUGCCGUACAACCCGUGGAACACGGCAGAUAUGUCCGAGGACUGUCUAUCCAUCAACAUCUGGGCGCCUGCGGCCAAGCAUAAGAAGUCCAAGGGGAAGAAGGCGGUGAUGAUGUAUAUCUACGGAGGGGGUUUUGUGCAGGGUGGCACGGCACUUACUUUCUACGAUGGGAACAAUCUUGUCCAGGAUAAUGAGGAUAUCGUUGUUGUGACAUUCAACUACCGCGUGACGGUAUUCGGGUACCCCAACUCUCCUGAUCUACCCUGGGGUCAGCAGAAUGUCGGCCUUCUUGACCAGAGACUGGCGGUCCAAUGGGUCCAUGACAACAUCGAGAAAUUCGGCGGUGAUCCCUCUCGAAUAAUGCUGUUCGGACAGUCUGCCGGUGCAGCUUCAGUGGACAUGUACACCUACGCGUAUCCGGACAAUCCCCUCGUGCAUGCCGUCGCCAUCGAAUCCGGCGCAGCAGAUAUAAUCACCAGCGCUGACUUCACCCACCAGAACUGGGAUAAGCUAUCAACCGCCCUGGGCUGCGGAUCCGGCAAGGGCACACUGCGCUGCAUGCAGGGGAAACCGUUCCGGCAGAUCCUUGCGCAGCUCUCCUCAGGCUCAUACAACUUCGCCCCGGUGCAAGACAACGUCACCGUGUUUGCGGAUUAUCCUGCGCGAGCUAAAGAGGGAAAAUGCGCGCGGGUGCCCGCUCUCAUCGGCAACAAUGCGCGCGAAGGCGCGGCGUUCUUCAACCUUAGCUCUGUGCCGAUCAACGAGACGGCUAUUUUUGCCGCGACACAGACCACGUUCAACUGUCCUGUUCAGCACUCUGCUUUGUAUGUCUCGCCUCCCAAGGUUUCCUAG